AAUAUAUCCGAACAAUAUGAAUUGAAUCCGGAAGAUGCCGAAGCGUUGGAAUUUGCUGAUACCGUUGAGGCAAUCAUUGAGAGCAACAUUUCCUCCAGCGAUUCCACCUUCCCUCGAGGUCUACCUCCAACAAUCUCUGAUCGGUUUGUUCGCUUGGCCAGUGCCACUGCCCAGUCGGAUUUAGGCACAAGUGUGGUCCCGUUCGGUGCAGAGGACGACACCAAAACACAAACCACUCUGGACUGUUGGUUUAUAGAAAAUCGUGAUCACGCGGAAGAGACCGGAGAGGAAGUGGACGAUAUUGUUUCGGAAUCCGGCCUGAUUUUUGACUCGCUUCCAUCGCCCCGUCAGCAUCAUCAUCACCAUCGUGACCAUCACUACCGUCAUCGCCACGGUCUGAAAACAGAAACUGGCAAGGUCGUUUCUGCUGAUCUUGAAGAGACAAGUACAAACCAAACGGAAACUGGAAACGAGAAACUACCCAGGAAAGAAGUCGUUGUCACACAGACUACUCAGUUCCCGCCGUCCAUGCUACGACAAGCAAGCUCUCCUGCUGCGGUCACUCUAACUUCAAAACCCCCUAAACCUCCGAGUUCCGAGGACCCCUAUAGGAUUUCCAUCUUUUCCAGUUCUAAAACCAACCGACAGCUACGACGCCGAUUACGACGACCCAGACCACGCGGAGGGGUGAUGUCAUCCUCGAUUGAUCACUCUGAUGACUCUCAAUCUCAAAAUCAACCGACUCAACCUUUAUCUUGGGAUGAAGCCUCAGACUGUCUGCGUCUCCCACCCGGAUUAAUCCCGGUUUUCGAUCCAAAUCCGGGAUGGACAAAUGCGCCCGCAACUACGCCUUUCGUACUGUGCAAUCCACCCUCCAAAAAUCGAUCGUAUCACAUAAGAAGCAAGCCUCAAGAAAUAAAAGAUGAAACUCGUAUUGCGCUGUUUUUGUCUGCUUUCGAUGGGAACACAUGUGUCGUCAAAGUUCCGUUGGUGAAUAAGGAUACUACCUUGUUCCGAUACGUUCAGGAUUUGUGCCAUCAGGUUUACGAAAAAUCUACACCACUGCCUGAGAAAACCGAAGAUGCUACUGCUGAUCGCACAAAUGAAACAAGUGACGGGACAAAGUCCGCACACACAGAGAAAUUGGCGCCCAAAGUUUUGGUACUCAAAUUAGGUUAUCGACUUUGGCACCCUUCGGAUGAGAUCUGUUCACAUGGAUCCGCGAUAUCGGCCUAUAAUCUGCUCAGCCGUGAUGAUCUCCGUCUAACUCCGGCUAUGCAACAUCCAAUCGAGUACACCGAUACCGGAAUCAAGGUCACAAUGCUGAACGAAAUUCCAGAAAAUCCGGAUGAUCAUAUGUUCUGCGAGGUCAAAUCACCUAGUCCAGAUUUGUCCGCACAGCCCACUGCUCCGGAGCAACUGUUGCACUUACUCACCCUGCUCUAUCAGCUAUCUGGUUUAGAUGAUCACUCAGUGAGCCUGGGAUCAGUCGGAGACAUGGACGUAUCAGGCAGCUCACAUGUGGCUACUGGUGAGACCAAAUCGCAAGUCACAUCUACUCCAAUUCGGGCAGCUCCUCGUUUUUCGCUUACUCCGCAGAGCAUCCGGAAAGGUUCUGUUUUAUCACAUUCUGGUUGUAGUGGUGGUGGUGUAGGGCCUAUCCAACCCGAUGAUUUUGUGUCUCGUCGAUUGACUAGAAAAUUACUCCGUCAAAUUCGCGAUCCAUUGGCCUUAUCAUCCGGCGCGCUACCUGACUGGUGUUUCGGCCUCAGUCAUCGUCUGGCUGCACUGUUCUCAUUUGAUUCUCGUCUGGAGUUGUUAAAGGCGCACGCAUUUGGACCAGCUAGGUCAGUCAUCUGGCUUCAAAAUCAGCCUCCAAUCAAGAACAGCGGGACAUCGAACAAUCCACUGAGCCGUUCACACAGUGAUGGCAGUUCAACUAGCAGUGGCACACAUCGUACGCGACAGAAUGCGGUUACAGCUGCGCACACCUUAGUUCUUUCCGCACUCACUGGGCAGAGGGAUUCCAGCCAUUUACUAAGUCCAAGCACUGCUUCCGAUGUGCUUUUACUUCGUCCGUCUAUUUUGUCUCAACUAACCACAGCCUCCUCAGCUACGCGACCUACAACCACCAUCGUCGGAGAUGUCACUGGUGUCGGUGGUAGUCACAAUAGCGUUCUUCCUCUGGAUCAACCGGCGCAUAUGGAUAAUCCACUUCUCGGUACUCUUCUGACCAGUUUGGGAUUGACUUUGCCACCGGGAUUCUCACUGCGUAGCAAUUGUUCUCGGGAUUUGAGUGAGCUGUGGAGUUGCCUGCUAUCACGAACUGUUCGAGCGCAUAACGGUGCUCAAGGGGAGACCCGCACCGCGACGAAUGUCGGUCGGUUGCACAAGGAAUUUGUUCGUCUACCUCGUAUGCCCCGUGAAUUGGUCGGUAUGACUGAGCAAGCUCAAGCACAGCGCAAUGUUUCAGACGACUCAGCCGACAGUUUUAUGUCUACUUUCUGGGAUUGGGCUGCCUGUUUGAUGGAAGAGCAUGCCUCCCGAAAGUCCGAGUUGGAAAUUCAGUUUAUCGGAGAAGAUGGGACUGGCCUCGGACCAACACUUGAGUUCUACUCGCUUCUCGCUGCCGAGCUUCGUCGUCGCGAUGGUCUGAUGUGGGUUGUAGACGAUAGUUCCAAUACAUCGGAUGAUCCUUCGGAGGAUAGCCGUCCCGCAUUGCCUACUGUGGCCAGCAAAGCGACUAUCGGAAGCAGCACUCACUCGCGAUUGUAUCAAGCGGAUCAAUCUGCUUCAAGCACUGAGAUUAAGAAUGCGGAAGCAGCGGAAGAUGAAAAUUUCGACUUGACCGUCGAAGCGAAUGCCUAUGUUAACACGGCCCAUGGUCUGUUUCCUGCCGCAUGGCCACAAGACCGCAUACCCGAACAAGUCCUUUAUCGGUUCUACAUCCUUGGCAUCACAGUGGCUAAAUGCUUACAGGACAAUCGACGCAUAGAUCUUCCAUUCUCUCCUCCAUUACUGAAACUCCUUUCUUGCUACGGGAACGUAUCACGUCUAAGGCAACAGAGUCACCUUCCAAGGAGCGAUUCGAACUCAGAACGUAAAUCAGGGGACUUCACAUCCGUUGCACGAGCAGAAAGUGUGUUGACCUCAUUGGCACCAGUCAGUUACUAUUAUCCCUCCAUACUCCACUCCUUUGGGUUGUCUGCUACAGAUAGAAAUUCAGAGUCGGAAAUGGGCGAAUUUAUGCUUUCACCGCGGUACCGGCUCUUGCACGAUGCAUCAUCCGGUUCCACAGGGUCUUCCCAUUGGAUGUCAAAUCUUCUUGGAUUAGAAGACUUUGAACUGAUCUAUCCAGAAAGGGCUCGAUUCUUCCGACAGGCUGUAGAAUUCUGUCGUCGCAAGUAUGCUGCUGGUCUUCAGUCCAGUCCACCACACACGGUGAAUCGGGAUACCUUGGAAGCCCUGGCUUCUGAGAUAUUUGGAUGCACUGUGGAACAGAUGUGUCUCAGUAUGGAAUUCCUUCCCACAUCUAAGAUGUUCGCUGGUACCGGUAUCCGUCUGUCCGAUGUUUACGACUGGGAAGUGAGUCCCGUGACCGACUCAUCUGCUUCACCCCAGUUCGGUCUUCCCGAUGAAUUAGAUCUCAACACAGCAUCAAGUGAUCAAAACUGGGCUGGAGUAGAUGACAACGAGGCCGAACCGGUCACCGUAUACAAUAUGGAACAGUACGUGUUACGUACACUUGGUUAUUGCUUGGACAAGGGUAUCAGAAAACAAAUGGAUGCAUUCCGAACCGGGUUCGAACUAGUUCUUCCUCUGGAUUGGCUCGCACUGUUCAACGGGCGCGAGUUGGGACAACUAAUCGCUGGGGAUUCUGUCGCCCAAUGGUCUCGUGAAGAUUUGCUGGCGUACACAGUCCCCUGUUUCGGAUUCACCCAUCAGUCACCCACAUACCAGAUGCUAAUCAAUGUGUUGUGUAGUUUCAACGCUCUCGAACGUCGUGCUUUUCUUCAGUUCACCACCGGUUGUUCCAGUCUACCUCCUGGCGGUCUGAAAAAUCUCCAUCCUCGUUUGCGUGUGGUACGAAAAGAUGCGGGCACCGGUGCAUUGCCUAGUGUGAACACUUGUGUACACUAUUUGAAACUGCCCGAGUACCAGACAGAAGAGGAACUUCGGACUGUUUUGCUUCGAGCCACCCGAGAGAUAGGCUUCUAUCUGAACUAA